AUUUCUGCUGACCUAUCCGUCCUUUGUUACCCUGACAUCUGUCCACGCCACGCCCAUAUUCUAUUCGCCAAUCUUCCCGUAGCUGUGUUGUUGUUGUGCAAGGCAUGAAGUAAAGCGUCUCGGUGAUAUUUAGAACCACACAACUACAGGACCCCCCCUCCUUCGCGUAUCGCCAGUCACCGAAAACAGCCGACAACAUGUCAUCUCUACCCAAGAAUGUCCACGUCUCAAACCACCCUUGCCUGAGGGCCAAGCUGAGCCAAUUGCGGUCAAAAAGCACGCCCUCCAAGGACGUCAAGGCAUUGGUCCACGACAUCUCCCUCAUCGUGGGCUGCGAGGCACUAGCAUCGGCCAUCACCACAGCCCCCGGCCCCAAGGACCAAACCCCUCUCGGCUUCGAGUACGAGACGACGACGAUCCCGCAGACCCUCUCCAUCGUGCCCAUCCUGCGCUCGGGGCUGGGCAUGGUCGACGCCGUGCAGACGCUGCUGCCCGACCCCGUCGCCGUGCACCACCUGGGCCUGUACCGCGAGCCCUCGACCCUCGAGCCCGUCGAGUACUACAACAACCUGCCCGAGCACAUCACCGCCGGCAGCGCCGACGGGCCCUCCAGCCUCGCCAUCAUCGUCGACCCCGUCAUCGCCACCGGCGGCACCUGCGCCGCCGCCAUCCAGACCCUCAAGGAGUGGGGCGCCCAGAGGAUCAUCGUCCUGAGCGUCCUCGGCGCCCAGCCCGGCCUCGCGAGGGCCGCCGGCGAGUGGCCCGAGGGCGUCGAGAUCUACGUCGCCGGCCUGGACGAGGAGCUGACCCCCGGUGGGAUGCUGAAGCCUGGCCUUGGGGACGUGGGCGACCGUUUGUUCUUGACUAUUGGGAAGUAGGAUGUGGCUCUGGUCUCGAGAGUCGCUGGGAUCCAUGCUUGGGUUGUAUCCUGGAUUUUGGGACUAUCUGGUACAUGUGUUUUGUGCAAGCUGAGGGAGAUGAUAUCAUCUGUCAUCAGGGUCUGAGGUCUAAUAGAAAAAGAACAUUGAAUAAGAGAUUUUUGCUGUCCGAG